AUGGCUCGGAUGAUUCGUAGUUUCCGCAUCAUUUUGUGGUGCCUCUCGUUCACAUCCAUCUGCCUUUACAUCACCGCCGCGCUGACGGAGAGUGAGUUUUCCACGUCAUAAGACAAACGACUAAUAUGUGUUGAAGGCUCCGUCAAUCAUAAGAUCAUCCCACGCGCUCAAUGUCUCACCUGCAACCCGCAUCAAGAGUUCCCGUACCAGAUUCUGAAUCAGGUACUGUACAGAGGCAGUAUGACGUGGAAUUGAGUGUAUUUCAGCUUUCUCAGAUCUCGUUCUUCACCAAAAUCAACUUUGCUGUCGAUCUCGUCAUCUUCAUCAUCACCACUUUCAAUCUGUAAGUCUUUUUGCGAAAAGGUUUGCAAAACUUUCAACUGCUAUGUUUCAGGUUGAAUAAUGACCACAGCGGAGCCGGCGACUUCCUCAUCUCGAUCGGAGUGUUCUGCAAGAUCUACCUGAUUCCCUACGUCCUCUACAACUUCUUCUCGGGAAUCCACAGCCCUGCGCACAACAUCAGCUACCUUCUGAACAACGAGAUGUGUGGAACCCUCGGAAACUGCCUGAACGGAAACGUGGCCCGUAUCAUGUACAGCUGCAUAGCCGUCACCCUCAUCAUGCUGCUCACCUUCCCGGCCCUCGUCGCUUCCUGGGGAAUCAUGUACAUCAUCUUCGUGCGCUACUUCAACCAACCGGUUCUUGUCACCGACCGUCUCGACGACCUUCCCGCCUACAGUGCCCUUUUUCCGGAUUCCACUGAGCUCCUCAAGAAGGAGGACGAGUGCUAA